UUUCUCUUUUCUCUUUUUCCCCUUGUCUUUUAUUUGGUCCCUUGUUCCAACGUGAAGUUGACCAAAAAAGUUUCUCUUUUGAGGGGUCGUAUUGAUUUUCACACCUGUGGAAAGGGGGGCAGCGGAUGAGCUGGUCCUCCACCUUGAAUAUUCUCUUGAUUUAACAAAUAUUAGUACUGGCAUCCAACUUAUUGGGUGUAUUAUCGCCUCAAAAGUUCCAAAUAUUGGGGCUAUCAAGAAUAUCCUAAGAAAAGCCUGGUCGAACUUUGGUGAAGUAAAGAUCUCGCAUGUGAAAGAGAAUAUUUUUUCCAUUGUGGUGGAGAACGAAGCGGUUGCAGGAAAAAUUGUUGAGGCCAGCCCUUGGUCGGUGAUGAGACACUGCUUCUCGGUUAAAUAUUGGGCAUCUGAUAUGGCGAUGGAAGAACUCCCUACCCAUAUGGUUCAGUAUUGGGUACAAGCGCAUGGGAUUCCUCUAAAUCUGAUGAAUAAGGAGUGUGGGGGAAAGAUUGGUGGAAAAUUAGGGAAGGUGCUAAAGCUGGAAGAUAAGGGGGGAAGCAGAGGGUAUCUCCGUUUCCAAGUGGACCUGGACUCCCGAAACCGCCUUGUGAAUGGAUUCUGGCUGCCGCGACGCGAUGGCUCUAUAUCUUGGGUUGAGUUACGCUAUGAGAAACUUGGUGAUUUUUGUUUUUGUUGUGGGCGGCUGGGACAUAAGAACUCCAUCUGCCCGGCAAACAAUCAGAGUGAAGAAAGAUCAGGCUAUGGCAGCUGGCUGGCGGUGGAGCCAGUGAGACUUGAACAUACCACCCCACCACAACCGCAGGUGCCAAAUGGGGGAAGAAGAAAGGCCGGCGAAAAGGGUGUACCAGGCCAGCGGCCGUAUAAUUGCAAUGGUGCGACCUCCGCCCAACGGCUAACCUUAAAUCCAUAUCAGGGAGGCCAGCAAAAUGUGGUACGGCCCCCUACCAUUGGCGGGAGCCUGAGGGGAAUGUCGGGUACAGAGGAAAUCGUAGGCACGAGCUCUGACGAGGUGGCAGCUGGUCAGCACAACCAGCCAAAUACUGACAGUUCAGGAAGAGACAAUGGGCCAAAUGGUAUGGUAACCUCCGAUUAUGACAACAGCCUUGCCCUUGUUGAGCUUAACUUUCCUUCACAGAUUGUUAGGCCUAGUAACUGUAAGGGCCCAUUGUCUUUUGAACAAGUUAUGGACCUAAGGAGAGCCCCGAUCUCGAUGGGUCAUCAAUAUAUUAUGGAUUGGGAUACUCCUGGGCCAAGUAUGAGCGCACCAAGGGUGGAGGAUAACAAUCCUUAUAUUGGGAAUGAGACCCACUUUAGGAACCCUUUUGAUACUACUCUGCGACACACUACCCCCAUUUCAGCAGAGGAUGACCAGAGAGCUUUUAGCCAUAUGGGUCUAAAGCGGCCCGCAAAAGUGGAGUGGCAGGAUGUUGGGAGGGAGCAAAAAAGGAGCAGAAGGUUAGGAAAAGAGAAGAUACUAACCUUGCUUUCCCCCAAAAAGCUUACUAGAGGUGGCCGAUCGAGCCAUGGUGGCAGUAGAGGAAAAGUGUAGAGUUAAACUCAAAAUCCAAACACGAGUGAGAAGAGGUGCUGGAAAGCGUAAUUUGUAUAUUGAUAAAGUUGAACUUAAAUAGAACGUUACAUCACCA